AUGACCACUCGCGAGCAGCCACAGCUUGUCCGCACAGCCAGCACACUCCCGCAAUUCUUUCAGUCUGUCGCUUACACUUGCAUCAUUUCAUCAUCGCUUGCAGCAACUCUGCUAUCGAUUUGGAAGCUAUACGCACAAGAAAGAUAUCUCAAAUCACUCCAAGCAAGGGAAGGCAUCACUCAGACUUUUCUCAAGCGUUACUCGGCGCUUUUGUCGAUCCUCGGCAGCUACUACGGCAGCGAUAGGCUUGGAUUGGGUAUAGCUAGGGAUGAGGGCGAGAAAGGCACUCCACUGCUCCUCGAUUCGCUCUCACACUCCCUUGAAGGUCUCAGCAGAGUAGUGCAUGAUCUACCAGGCGCUACACCGAUAGCGUCUACCAGCCCAUCUACAAUACUCAGUGAAGAUGUCCACGAUCUCUCUCAUUCUCUAUCCAAAGGCAUCAACAAGUCAAAAAGUGAAAUUAUGCCGGCUGGUCGAUCAACAGCAGACAAUCUACCCUCACAUGUAGAAUCUGCUAUCGAUUUGCGCACCGAGAUUCGCUCUUUGAAAGGAUUGCUGCUGAGUAGAAGGAACCUUGCUCAAUCUCAAUAG